AUGAAGGACGGUUCGAAUGAUUUUCCUGUUGUAACCUUGGACUGGAAUCGGAAACCGAACACAGUGCUUACUUAUCUGAGUGGCUUUGGUCAUUUAUGCUGGCCUGUCGAAAAAACUUUGGCACGAUGCUGGUCGAGCAAGAUUGUGACCCGAUAUAUUGCUCGAAAAUGCAAUUUGAUGACGAAUUGCGUGAAAAUUGGAAAUACGAAUGUCGGAAAAGCGUAA